GGAGCGCGGUGGCCCAACAGCGGCCCCGGGGACCCCGCGCUGCUGACGGCGGCCGCGGCGACUCGCAGCGGGCGCGGGUCUCGGAGGCGCGGGCCCCAGUGCCGCCCCCCGGGACGGCCCCCGCCCCUCCCGCGGCCGUCCUCUCUCGUCCCUCCUCCUCCGUCCCUCCUCCCUCCUCCCUUGUCGCUCGCGGGCCGGGCCCGGCAUGGUGCGGCGUCGCGGCCGAUGGCGCUGAGGCGGAGCAUGGGGCGGCCGGGGCUCCCGCCGCUGCCGCUGCCGCCGCCGCCGCCGCCGCUGCCGCUGCCGCUGCUGCUGGCGGGUCUGGCCGCUGUGCUGCUGGCGGAGCCCGCGGCCGCAGGCCUGAAGCUCAUGGGAGCCCCGGUGAAGCUGACCGUGUCUCAGGGGCAGCCCGUGAAGCUCAACUGCAGUGUGGAGGGAAUGGAGGAGCCCGAGAUACAGUGGGUGAAGGAUGGGGCUGUGGUCCAGAGUGUGGAUCAGGUGUACAUCCCAGUCAGUGAGCAGCACUGGAUUGGCUUCCUCAGCCUGAAGUCAGUGGAGCGCUCUGAUGCAGGCCGGUACUGGUGCCAGGUGGAGGAUGGGGGUGAAAUGGAGACCUCCCAGCCAGUGUGGCUCACGGUAGAAGGUGUGCCAUUCUUCACUGUGGAGCCGAAAGAUCUGGCAGUACCACCCAAUGCCCCUUUCCAACUGUCUUGUGAGGCCGUGGGCCCCCCUGAACCUGUUACUAUUGUGUGGUGGAGAGGAGGCACAAAGGUGGGGGGGCCCGCUCCCUCUCCCUCUGUUUUAAAUGUAACAGGGGUGACCCAGAGCACCGUGUUCUCCUGUGAAGCUCACAACCUUAAAGGCCUGGCCUCUUCUCGCCCAGCCACUGUUCGCCUUCAAGCACUGCCCGCAGCCCCCUUUAACAUCACAGUGACAAAGCUCUCCAGCAGCAAUGCUAGUGUGGCCUGGACACCAGGGGCCGAUGGCCGGGCCCUGCUCCAAUCCUGCACGGUCCAGGUGACACAAGCUCCAGGAGGCUGGGAGGUCCUGGCUGUCGUGGUGCCCGUGCCGCCUUUUACCUGCCUGCUCCGGGACCUGGCACCUGCCACCAACUACAGCCUCAGGGUGCGCUGUGCCAACGCCUUGGGGCCUUCUCCAUAUGCUGACUGGGUGCCCUUUAGGACAAAGGGCCUAGCCCCAGCCAGCGCUCCCCAGAACCUCCAUGCCAUCCGCACAGACUCAGGCCUCAUCCUGGAGUGGGAAGAAGUGAUCCCCGGGGGCCCUUUGGAAGGCCCCCUGGGACCCUAUAAAUUGUCCUGGGUUCAGGACAAUGGAACCCAGGGUGAGCUGACAGUGGAGGGGACCAGGGCCAACUUGACAGGCUGGGAUCCGCAGAAGGACCUGACUGUGCGUGUGUGCAUCUCCAAUGCAGUUGGCUGUGGGCCCUGGAGUCAGCCACUGGUGGUCUCUUCUCAUGACCGUGCAGGCCAGCAGGGCCGUCCCCACAGCCGCACAUCCUGGGUGCCUGUGGUCCUGGGUGUGCUGACAGCCUUGGUGACGGCCGCGGCCUUGGCCCUCAUCCUGCUUCGAAAGAGGCGGAAGGAGACACGGUUUGGGCAAGCCUUUGACAGUGUCAUGGCCCGGGGGGAGCCAGCCGUUCACUUCCGGGCAGCCCGGUCCUUCAAUCGGGAGCGGCCUGAGCGUAUUGAGGCCACACUGGACAGCUUGGGCAUCAGCGAUGAACUCAAGGACAAACUGGAGGAUGUGCUCAUCCCUGAGCAGCAGUUCACCCUGGGCCGGAUGUUGGGCAAAGGAGAGUUUGGUUCAGUGCGGGAGGCCCAGCUGAAGCAGGAGGAUGGCUCCUUUGUGAAAGUGGCCGUCAAGAUGCUGAAAGCUGACAUCAUUGCCUCAAGCGACAUUGAAGAGUUCCUCAGGGAAGCGGCUUGCAUGAAGGAAUUUGACCACCCACACGUGGCCAAGCUUGUUGGAGUGAGCCUCCGCAGCAGGGCCAAAGGCCGUCUCCCCAUCCCCAUGGUCAUCUUGCCCUUCAUGAAGCACGGGGACCUGCACGCCUUCCUACUCGCCUCCCGGAUUGGGGAGAAUCCCUUUAACCUGCCCCUGCAGACCCUGGUCCGGUUCAUGGUGGACAUCGCCUGUGGCAUGGAGUACCUGAGCUCCCGGAACUUUAUCCACCGAGACCUGGCUGCUCGGAAUUGCAUGCUGGCGGAAGACAUGACAGUGUGCGUAGCUGACUUUGGGCUCUCCCGGAAGAUCUAUAGCGGGGACUACUAUCGCCAGGGCUGUGCCUCCAAAUUGCCUGUCAAGUGGCUGGCCCUGGAGAGCCUGGCUGACAACCUGUAUACUGUGCACAGUGACGUGUGGGCCUUCGGGGUGACCAUGUGGGAGAUCAUGACUCGUGGGCAGACGCCGUAUGCUGGCAUUGAGAAUGCUGAGAUUUACAACUACCUCAUCGGCGGGAACCGCCUGAAACAGCCUCCGGAGUGUACAGAGGACGUGUAUGAGCUCAUGUACCAGUGCUGGAGCGCCGACCCCAAGCGGCGCCCGACCUUCACGUGCCUGCGGAUGGAGCUGGAGAGCAUCCUGGGCCACCUGUCCGUGCUGUCCACCAGCCAGGACCCCUUGUACAUCAACCUGGAGCGAGCCGAGGGGCCCGCCGAGGGAGACCCCCUGCAGCUGCCUGGCGGGGAGCAGGCCAGCAGCGGGGCCGGGGAUGGCAGCAGUGUGGGGGCAACAGGGGGCACCCCCAGUGACUAUCGGUACAUCCUCAGCCCCGGGGGGCUCGCUGAGCAGCCCGGGCAGGAGGAGGAGCCGCCAGAAAGCCCCGCCAGUGAGGCCCAGAGGCGGCAGCUGCUGCAGCAGCAGGGGCUCCUGCCCCACAGUAGCUGUUAGCCCACAGGCUGAGUGCGGCCGGGGCCGUGCUGCUGGCCGAGGACCCUGGCCUGGGCCGUGCGGCGUGGGGGCUCCUGUGGCAGUCCUCCCAAGCUGCGCUGGAAGCCUGGACGGACCAAAUGGCCCAAUCCCGGUUCUUCCUGCGGCCACUCUGGCCUGCCUGGCAUUGGCUCAGGCCGGGGCCGGGUGGAGGUGGGCCAGGCCUGGUUGCCUAAACCCAGGCAGCUGGCAGGAGGGGGUGGUUAUGUUUCCAUGGUUACCGUGGGUGUGGAGAGGAGUUGGGGGAGGGUAGAUCCAGCCCUGUGGGCCCCUACCCUCUGGCUGAGCUGCUCCUGCUGCUUUAGCGCAUGCACUGAGGUGUUUCUGACCCUGGGGGCCCCAGCCUUGCCCAUGCUUGGGGUUUUAAGUGUCCAGGUUUGCUCUUCCUCACAAAGAGAUGCCCUUGUAUUAUUCCCCUGUAGGUGAGAGUUGGUAAGGGGUUGAUACAGUCAGGUCCCAAGUGCUGGGAGACAGUGGGGCAUUCUCAGGUCUGAAUCCUCGUCCCCUUCCUGAUGACCCAGACGACCUAGGCCAGGAGUCAAGUGCAGCUGACCAGGUCACAGCAAGGCAUGCUGGAUCACGGCAAGCUGCCAUUUGCUCAGCCUCUAAAGGCAGGGCACCCAGCCUGGCAAGAGGAAGGGGUGCUGUAGGCCUGCCCAGGAACGCGUGAGGCCCUCUUAGGCCCUCCCACAGGCUGUCUGAGCAUGCUACCAAAUCCCAGAAUACCCUAAGACUAACAAAGGCAGCUGUGUCUGAGCUCAGUCCUUCCACGCAGCGUCCCUUAGCCCCAGUUUUCCCUCUCCCUGGAGACCCUCUUCUGUCCCGAAUCUCCAGAGACAGACAGAAAAUAGGCCUGGUGGCUGGCGUGGGUGAGGGGGAGUUACUGGAGCCUGGACCCCAGCCCUGGCUAGGGGAGCCCCCGGAUUGCAUGGGGCAGGCCCCUGCUGUUAGGGAUAUUUCCAAGCUGUUAGAAGCUGUUUAAAAACGGAAAUAAAAUUGAGAGCUAAAUACCCAA